AUGUCGUACACUCCUUCACGUCCGCUGGCUUUGCAACUCAAUAAAGGCCAUAUCGUCAAUCAGGGAAUCAUCGAACAAGGAAACAAAUCCCGUGAGAUCUUGCAAAAGAUCUUCCAGAACUACCCCCAAAUUGACCGCCUGCGCUGUCAAGGACACCUCCAAAACAUGUCAAAGGCCAUGGGCCACGUCUCUCAAAGGCAUAGUGCAGUCUACGAUCUGCUUGAAAAGGCUCAGGUCGAUGCCAUGGUGAGUCGCUUGCGCUUGUGGCUCGGUGGUAGAACUCGGUGGCCAAACCUGUGCAGUUGAAGGGCUGUUGCUCACCUUUCCUCUUCUUCUCUUCCGGCAGAUCUCUGCGCUCUGCGCCGUUGCCGAAGCUUACAACCUUGGCUUGCCUCCCCGCGACACCUUCAAUGGCAAUGAUGUCCAGUAUGUCGAGUGCUUGACAGGCUGGGUAUGGGUAAGUCAAACCUGCCUUGUAACCUAAUUGGAUUAGCUUGCAAACGCUCACAAUAUGUGGCUCUUCAUGUUUGCAGAGUCACGCCACCAAGAAGCGUGCAAUCCGUGAAGCGCACCUCUCGUCUCCGUCCAGCGUUACCAAGCUCUCAAUCAACGCAAAGUGUACUGAGCUUGCUGAGAUGCUUGCUAUGUAUACGCUGGAUGAAGACCAGCUCGAUAACCCGGACGAACAACAGGAGGAAGCCGAUCCAUCGCUGCCCUCUUCUUCCAAGCGAGGCGCAAGCGACAGUCCGCUUGGGCCUCAAGAACCUUUCAAAAAGGUACAGACCUUGGACGGUGGAGGUGUGAAAGAAGACCCCGACGGCCCCGAGAACGUUGACACUCCUCGUGUCAAAGGUAAAGGCAAGGUGCACGCUCUCCCACUCGAGCAACGUCCUUCUGCCUUACCCCGGUGGUGACAAGAGCGGGGCUUCUGACAAGCAUCGCCCCUAAGAGUCCGGUUAUCGAGCUGCCGUACCACGCUGUUGGCGGUUCCAACUUGUGGCAUGUUGAAUCACUUGUGACAUUCGGCAAUCCAUGCAUCAUGCAGCACGUGAAAAUGACUGUGCGAGGUCGGGCACACGAGCAUACCCUCGACUCGUGACUUGAUAGAGAGCGCCGUCAGGUUCUUGCUGCUGAGAGAAUCACGUGAAAGUAGGCAGCUUGCGAAUCACGAAGCUGUUGUGAGUCUGCCAUGGGCCAUACGAGUUCGUGCUCGUCCGGCCGCGCCGAGAGCUGCUUUUCCAGCUACCGCAUGUAGCAAGUGCUGCGCGCAUGCUUGACCGACACGCAUGUAAACGCCACUGUACAUGCAUCGACCGCAAUCAUCAAAACAUCCAUCAUCACUGUGGGAUGGUACCAUCGCCACUCAGACGCACACUGUCUUCACGCAUUCAUCACCACUCAAGCCCAUCAGACGGAGCAGCCUAUUCACGUCACCACGCCCUUGCAAUCUUCGCCCGAAGCCGAGUGCGAAGUCGACGAGACACUGUUACAAAAGGCGAAAGAGGCACAAGAAGGAAUCAAAGAGAUCUGCCAAGGCUUGCCCGAAGGCGAGCGUCUGCGCUUGGAGGCGUGUAUGAAGCGCAUCACGGAUGUCAAUGACCAUGUCUACAGCAAGUACAAGGAGACUUUCGCUGUUGUCAACUCAUACGAUCCCGAUCUUGCUGUGAGUGUCGCCACACACCUCGAACAAGAAGAGAGUGUCCGAUUUCGUUGGUAGCGCUUGUCGCUCUCUUGACCGAAUCUGGUACCCGUUCAGAUGCAAAGUAUGCUCAAUGUGGCAAAGUUACUAAAGAUCCCGCUGCCGCCCGCAGACUCCUUCAGCAGCGAAGCAGAGCAUGCAAAGUCUUUGUCGGAUCUGCUUCGAGUGAGUCUUCCAAAUGCUGCGUCAUGGGGAUAGCAUUCUUACCGGAGCUGUCAAACAGGCUAAGGCGCGUGAGAAGCUUACUCAGGAAGGGCGCUCGGGGACCGGACAGCCAUCGGUGACCAUGGACAUGCUCCUGGAGAAGAUCAACAGUCUGCCCGAGGAAGUUGCCAAGGCUCUGUACCCUCAAGCUCGUUCCGAGGUCGAGGUCCUCCGAGCUGAAGACGCUGGAGAGGAGAGCAUCAUGGUUAAAUAUGAAGCUGAGGUCGAGGUGGGGAAAGGGAACUCGCCUCCUACUGCAGGACAUGAACACAAAGGAAGCGAUGGAACGAAGGCACUUUCCAUCAACAGCCCACUGGCGAAAUAG